GCGAGUGGUUUGCACGAAAGAGGUUGCUUAAUUAUCGUAUUUUCAUACAAUAUACGGUAUACUCUGUACUCUACGUAUUUCUAGCAAUCAAUCAUGAGAGUGAUGUGAGAGAGAGAGAGAGAGAGAGAGAGAGCGUGUGUUUGUAUGUGUAGUGUACAUUGGAAGUCCCAGUGCUUCACUGUGUCUCUGACUUUGAUGCAUGCAAGAGGGUACUGAGAUUGUUAAUAAACGAAGAUGACAAAUGUGAAGAUAGCGAUGUGCUAAGCAAAAAUUUUGGCUUUUCUCUCUUCGCCGAAUCCCGAUUUUGCUAAGCUCCUGCUUUUGGGUUCUCUUGGAUUUCAAUUGUCUGGGGAUUCCGAGGAAGAAAACCAGAGUGAUCUUGUGCGACUGCGAGCAGGAAUGAUCUGAUAUCGGGAUUCUUCAUAGGAGUCAUUUCGGACUCUGAGUUGGUCUUUUUGAAUUUGAUGCAGUAAGAAAAUGAUGGUUUCUUCCUUUGAAGCAGAAUCAGGCUUUAGAUAAUGCUGAGGAGGAGAAAACAGACUUAUUUGGUUGUUUUGUGGUCUCAUGGCUGAUUCUUCUUCGGAUUCCUCUUUCCAUUGUGAUAUACUAAGCCUUAGGCACUUAAGCAACUCAUUCUUCCAGUUUUCUAGUUCUAAGGUGGGGUUUUGUGCUAAAGGGUCAUCAGAUUCUGAAUCAGCAUGGAGCCCCACUUCGCCCCUCGAUUUCAGAUUCUUUUCAAAUCUUAGCAACCCAUUUAGUGCCAAGUCUUCUAAGCCAUCUUCCCAAAGUGGGCAAAAGAAGCAGUUUGAAUGCUGUAAAAUAGGCCUUGGCAUCAUAAAUACACUUGCUGAUGAAACCAAGCUUGACAGUGAAAUCCCCGAAACGUCUCAGAGGAAGAACGUAGUUUUUGGAUCACAGGUGAAGACUGGCAUUCACAAAACAUCAAAGAAUUGCUAUGAACCAUUUCCAUCUUAUGCGAGAUCUAAUUCUUUGCCAAAGAACUAUGUUAUUUCUGAAAUGAAAAAUUCCAAAUUUGAACCUGUAAACUUCAAUCAUGUCUCCAGGAAUAGAGUGUUCCCGCAGGAAUCUGAAGCUUUCAAGAAUGUUAUGAUGUCUUUGCCAGUUCCCACUAAGUCUUCCUCAUCUUCAAGAGACUUUAAUCAAAUUUCCAAUUCGAGAACUGAUGAAUUUUGUUUAGAAAAUUCAUCUUCAGGAACGAGUUUAGCUCCUGUAACUGGUCCUUGUCCACAGGUGGAUUGUCCUUCGAAAGCCAAACCAAGUUCACUUCCAAUAUCCAUUGAUUUUAGUAAUGGAUAUUUAGGGUCGCUUUCUGCAAGAGAAAUAGAGCUUUCUGAGGAUUAUACUUGUAUUAUUUCUCAUGGUCCAAACCCAAAGCGAACCCAUAUUUUUGGUGAUUGUAUUUUGGAAUGUUACAAAACUGACUCAACCCAGUUCAGCCAGAAGGAAGAACCUGCAAUAAGAUUCUACAAGGUUUCUACAUUAUCAGAAGAAUCGGCAAACCCUUAUCCCUCUGACGAUGUUUUGAGCUUUUGUUACUCAUGCAAAAAGAAAUUUGAAGAGGGGAAAGAUGUUUGCAUCUACAGGGGUGAGAAAGCAUUUUGCAGUUUUGAUUGUCGCUCAGAGGAGAUUUUAGCUGAGAAGAAAAGUGAGAACAACUCGGCAGAGAGCUCGCCGGAUUCAAGCUACCAUGAUGUCUUCUUCAUGAACCUGUCAAUGGCCAAAUAAGAGUGCUUUGAUUACUCACCUGAAACACCAUAAUAUGCAAGUGGUGAUGAAGAAGUUUAAAAAAAAAAAAAAACAGAGAGAGAGAGAGAGCGGUAAAGAUAUGUGGUUAACCUGUUCUGUUCACAAAUAAGGUGCUUUGUUUGCUGGUUGUCAAGUACCAGUUUUCAUGGUGGGAUGAGUUAUUAAGGCAGAAAAAUGAGUUCUCUCUGUUUUGAAUUUGUCAUGAGUACUCUUGAGACAGUUAUUUUCUUCUUCAAUGGCAAUGUGCUUUUAUUCA